CGGGGUGGAGAGAUGAGAGAGAGGAGGGUGUGGGCCAUUUUUCCCUCACCUUAUUCUCCUCUCUUUCUCUUUAUUGUCGCGCUUUCUUUCCCUCUGGCUCUGUACCACUCCGUCCAUCUCUGAAGUGUGAGCGAGUGAGCAGCUCAAGGAGUCCUCAGCUGUAUGAGGUGAUCAAGUGAGGGAAGGAAGGAAGACAGGAAGGAAGGAAGGAACUAAGGUAAUCAGAGAUCACCAAAGCAAUGGAGUGCUUCAACAACGUACUCCUCAAACUGCGGGAGAUCCACGAGCGAGAAGUGGAGGGUUGGCAGGGGAAAAUCCAAGAGCUGUCCAACAAAAAGGGCUGUGAUACAAAGCGCAUGGAGGAACUGUUCACCAAAAACCAGCAGAUGAAAGAACAGCAGCGAGUACUCAUCGAGAACAUCAAGACACUGGAAAACAGGCUGAGGGCGGGGCUGUGUGACAGAUGUACAGUAACUCAGGAGGUGGCCAAGAGAAGACAGAUGGAAUUUGAAGCCUCGCAGAUACAAAGCCUCCAGCACAUCUCUCUACUGGCGGGGGAGAUGACCAACAUGAAAAAGGAGAACAAGAGACUUAGAGAUGAGCUCAGGAAUUUAAGAGCAGCACUCGACAGAGCUCACAGUGACCACUCGUCCAAUAGGAGCAACACCCCAGACGUCAAACCAACCAGCCCCCCUGAAUAUUCCCCCUCCUCUGGACCUGAAGCCCUCCUCGCCAUGGGGACCAGCAGGGCCGGUAACCAGCCAGCAGGUGUCAAUGUUGCAUUGAAAACUGAGGCCAACCAAAGAACUGAAGAAAAUGUACACAGACAAUUGAGAGGGAUGAACGGAAGCCAAUUUGAGUCAUACAAGCCUCUUUCCUGGAAGACGGAACAAAAUGUAACCUGUGUUAUGGAGAGAAGAGCUCAGAGUGUUGAGGAACUGGACCAGCGAUCCUCUAUCCCUCCUCAAGCUCUUCUCAAGAACUUUUAUUCCUCAACGGGUGGAGAAGGGACCCCCACUAGACAUGUGGUCCAUGCUCCUGUCCCCUGCCGUCCUCAACCAACCAGGAUCAGCCCUGCUACUGUCCCCUGGCCCUUUUCUGAAUCCUCUGACUUGGUUACUCCAGCUGCUCCAGCGACCAGUCCGGUGGUGCAACCUUCUUCCAAACCGUACCUGCCACGCUCUCCCAACCUGAUCCCAACUAGCCAACAUAGCAGCUCUAGAAGUCAGGUCUCUGCAUCUCCCUGGCACAAGCAGAGUACCCCUCAACCCCCCGCCAAAGAGCCAACUGUGGUGUUCAGGUUGAGAAGUCUGUCAGACCGAGAUGUAGAGUGUCAAACUAAGCCCCAGGAGAAAAAGGACAUCCCACCAUUGAAGACCGAGAGGGUCUCUGGAGAUCUUAAAGAGGCGUUUGAUGGGCCUCUGGACCUAUCGGAUCAUGGAAAGUCCAAAUCCAGCCAUACGCCAACAGAUAAUUCACCCUUAGCCUUACAAACUGGAGAGAGAGUACGGAGCUUCCCUGACAAGGACGGGAAGGAAAAUCCACUCGGACCAGUAUCGUCACUGUCUCCUGUCGUCCCUCCCUCAUGCCCCUCUGUCCCACCAGUCAAUCAACAAGAGGAAGGGUCUGCCAGUGACCGUAACCACAAGCAGGUGAUCAAAGAUUGGGAGCAGAAAAAGGAGGAAAAUGGGAAGACAGACCAAAACGGGAACGGAAAGAAGGUUCCUGUCCUUACUAUAUCAUUACGCCCAGUAGUGGCGCUGGAGACUCUGAAUUCUGCUCUACAGAAAUCCUUACUAUCACAUGGCAAGUCAUCGUUGUCAGCAGCUGAGCCGAGAAGCAGCUCAGAUGAGCAGGACGAGGACGAGAGUGUGUCAGGACAAGAAAACAGCCAGGGCUGCAAGAGAAAGAGGGCGUCUGUGGAGACAGAAACCGACAGAGACUCGGAAACAGACCACAUCCAGCAGGAGAAGAAGAUCCAGAUCACUUUGAGAACUGAGGGGAAGAGCCCCGGCUAAAGAUGUCACAUUGUGAUCUCAUGUAAACCUGCAUCAACUGACUGUUUUUGCCCACUUGGGGGACAACGCAACUCUUACAUAGUACGUUGGGUUUGAUCUUUAAGUUGAUUAGCAAACAGCGUAGUAUUUACACCAGCAAACAUGGAGCAACCUUUAUUCAUUUGCAUUAGGAGUUGUGUUUCUGGCAACUUGAAGAAUGUAAGUCCAAUAUUUACUCUCGUAUUAGCUCUGUUUUGCUUUCCACCAACUCUCUGAGGGAAAUGCCUGGCUCUGUUGGUGCUGGGCAUGUAGCGUGGGGUUUAAGACCUUUUUAUUGUUGAAAACCGCUGCCUGCUGUAACUGAAAAUAAAACUGAUAAGAGUGCUAAGCCGAAACUGUAAAGUUCUGGGCCAUAAAAUCAAAACAAUGACUUAAAACAGUGGUUCUCAAACUUUUUUUGACUAGCAUACCCCCUUUGAAAUAUAACUUUUUUGGCCAAGGACCCCUGCCCAGCUCAAAAAUAUUUUUGGGAGAGAUAAAAAACCUGCCUACACAGAACUGCACUGUACAUUGUAACUGAAAACACUUAAAUGCUACAUUUCAAAUAUUAUAUAUUUCCUUGUUUUAGAAAUAUUAUUUUAUUUACCGAUAUUUUUUUAAUUAAAAUAUACAUACUAUAUAUAUAUACAAGAAAGACACCAAUUAAAUAAGACAGCUAUCCCAGUAAUCCCAUAGAGGUGACAAGUAUUGCAACCAAGCUAAGCUGCAGCUUUAUUCUUUUAGGAAACUAUUUGGGUAGUCAACCUUCAAACUGUAAAAAUUUCCGAUAAAUAAAAUAGCUGUGACUUUGCAAUAAAUGUGUUUUGGCCACUCAGAGGCAGCAGAAAUUUGCACCAGUUUAAUGUUGAUGGGGCAAACGCACACACGUACACACGUACUGGGGAGAGCAGCAUCUAGGCGGGGUUUAUCGAGUAGUAUGUAAGGGGGAAAUAUGUAGGGACCCAGGGGGUAGGGAGGUUGGUCUGGGGGGUGUAAGGGUCAAAACACAGGACUUUCACCCAGGAGAGCGUCCUUAUUGUUGCGUGUCAGGGAAGCUGCUUUCUUCUUUAACCGGCCCGUUAUUCCCACGUGUCACAGAACCGUAAGCCCACCCACGACCUUUUCUUUAACCCAACCAUCCUGUUCCUGCAUGUCACGGAACCGUAAGCCCACCCACGACCUUUUCCUUGACCUAACAGCAUCAAAAGGGACGCCGAUAGUCGAGACCAAGCGCGUGUUAAAUGACGCUCAAGGAGACAACCAUGCGCGUGUUACACGACGCUAAAGGUCUUCUUUAGCGUCAUAGAACAACAACAAAGGCACCUGACCAAGCGUCCGUAUUUUACAAGAUGGGAGUGAGAAUUUGUGUGUGACAAAAGCACACGGCAGCCGUCACGGUAGCGAUAUGCUACCUAUUUUAACCUUUUCACAUGUUUAUGUUAUGUUAAUGUUUGAAUCAUCUGUGAGCCUAUUCCUCAAAUUGUUAAUGUGAAUCUUAUGACGGUCUAGUGUGAUAGAUUCAUUCAUUUUGGCUGUAUAGAGCCUUCAGUACGGCCUAGUCACCUGAGCCACCCCUGCUUUGUAGUAUUGGAAUGUUCCAAUGUGAGGGGUGGGCUUCAGGCCUAUAUAGACAGGCAGUGGCUUUUGCUCGAGACGGAGAGAACAUGAGGAACACCUGAGACAGCAAGGCGUAACUCCGUUGGAUGCCCUCCGCAAUGACUUACUUUAAGGUCAAAGGGAAACAGUGGUUUUGUUUUCUGUAAUCAUCUUAACUCUCCGGUCAGUUUACUUUUUAUUUUGUGAAAGUGUUUUCUUUUUGCUGUCCAUAAUUAAGUUUAUUUUUGUAACACUAUUUUGCCGUAUUGCCCUUACUUGAGGUGAACAAUAAAUACCCCAUCUUUGCAACAUCAUCUCAGACUCACCUCGUGUGUUUUCACCUGCUCACGACUACUUUCUACAUCUACCCACAACAGUGUGAGAAUUGUCUCUUCACACAUUCAGCAGACAGAGCAACAUUAGGAUUGAUUUGGAGUUGUGUUUGGGUCCACCCAGUCUAUAUCCGG